AUGGCGGCGCCUCAUACAACAGGUCUGAAACCGCCGAAGCCGCUCGUCUUGGGUGACAAUAUGGCGGCUCAGUGGAAGGCAUGGAUACGUCAGUUCGAUUGGUUCUCCACGGCGACGCAACUGUCGGAGAAGUCGCCGUCAGUUCAGGCAGCUACACUAAUGAGUGCGAUCGGUGACGACUGUAUCCGCAUUUACGACACGUUCGGGUUGAGACCAGACGAAGAAAGUGAUUUGGCAGUGAUACGAGCUAAGCAAAUCAGAGUCACCGACAGGACAGCCAAAUACCUUACAUUCGGUACUCCAUGGGGAAGAUACGCCUGCAAGCGUCUUCCUUUCGGAUUGGCAUCGGCGCCGGAAGUCUUCCAGAGGAUAAUGCAAGAUACGCUUGAAGGACUGGAAGGGGUAGAAUGCUCGAUGGAUGACAUUCUAAUUCAUGCGAAGAACUCGUCACAGCUGGAGGAACGAACGAAGCAAGUGAUCCGACGGAUUCAUGCUGUAGGACUGAAGCUGAACAAGGAAAAGUGUGUGUUCGACCAGCCUUGCGUUAAGUUCUUGGGGCACGUAGUCGCGGAGGACGGUUUGAGAGCGGAUCCGGAGAAGUUGGACGCAAUACGCAGACUGAAAGUACCAGAGAACAAGCACCAACUUCAAAGAACACUAGGUAUGAUAACAUACCUUUCCAAGUUUGUCCCAAACCUGUCGCAAAUCACUGCUCCACUGCGCCAACUUCUGUUGAAAGAUGUGGCCUGGUGCUGGGAGAGUGAACAGCAACAAUCAUUCGAAGAAAUAAAACGACUUAUGAUGUGCCCACCAGUGCUAGCAUUUUAUGACGUCAGUGAACCAGUUACGCUGUCAGUGGAUGCUAGUUCAAAAGCUCUCGGGGCAGUGCUACUACAGCGUGGAAAGCCAAUUGCUUAUUCCUCAAAAGCCCUAACAAGUGCGGAAUUGAAUUAUCCUCAAAUUGAGAAGGAAGCAGCAGCAAUCCGAUUCGGCUGUCGAAAAUUUCAUCAGUACAUCUAUGGGAAGAAGUUAACGGUCGAGACGGAUCAUAAGCCACUGGAGUCUAUCUUCAAAAAACCGUUGGAUCGGUCCCCUCCAAGGCUACGUAGAAUCAGACUAGAACUAGCGCAGUACGAUCCAAAAGUGGUAUAUGUGAAAGGAGCAAACAUACCCAUCCCGGAUAUCUUGAGUCGAGAUGUGGAGUACGACGAAACUGCCGAAGAAGAAGAAGAACAGCUCGAAGUGCACGUGAUUCUUCAAAUGUCAAGCAAGGUCAGUACGGAUCUACGGGAACAAACUGCGGCAGAUACGGAGAUGCGACUGCUCAAUGAUGUCAUUAUUCGAGGUUGGCCAGAAUCAAAAGAAGAGGUUCAACCGGAUCUUCGUAAGUAUUGGGGCUUCAGGGAUGAGUUGGCCGCAUACGAUGGUCUUAUCUUCAAAUCGAACCAAAUCAUAAUACCAAAGUCACUGAGGAAGAAAAUGCUGGAGGCAGUUCAUAAAGGGCAUCCAGGCGUGCAGAGCUGUAUCAAGAGGGCAAAGCAAGUUCUAUUUUGGGUGAACAUGACCCGAGAUAUCCAGAAUAUGAUUGAGUGCUGCAGCGUGUGCCAACAGUAUCAGCGAAGUAAUCAAAAAAGCAUCGUGGUGACCAAGGAAAUUCCUGACCUUCCCUUUGAACGAGUUGCAUCUGAUUUGUUCCAUUUUCGAGGCAACGAGUACAUAUUGAUCGUGGAUAGUUGGUCCAAUUUCUACGAUUUCAAGAAGCUGUCGCGGUCAACAUCGGAUGAGGUCAUCAACAUAAUGAAGAAUUGGUUCGCUGUGCACGGUAUACCACGAGUGUUGGAGACUGACAAUGGGCCGCAAUACAGUUCACAGGAUUUCCGGAAGUUUGCGGAUGAGUGGGGCUUUGACCACAAAACCUCGAGUCCACACUUUCCACGAUCAAAUGGCCUAGCAGAGCGGUUUGUGCAAGUUGCCAAAAACUUGCUGAAACGGUGCCAUCAGGAUGGAUCGGACGUUAACUUAGCACUAUUGUUGUCACGAAACACACCAAGAAACGACAACAUUCCAUCGCCAAACGAACGGUUGUUGGGUCGCCUAACUCGCUCCACAUUACCUGUUACCACGAAGAUCCUGCAACCAAAAGUAGUCGAGGGAGUCAAAGAUGCAUUAUGUAAGGAGAGGCAACUACAAAAACAGUACGCCGACCGUGGAGCACGGAAUCCCGCUGAGCUGGAGCCAGGUGAUAAAGUAAUGGUCCAGAACACAACAUCCAAGCAAUGGUUUCCUGGUGAAGUAAUGAGUAAAUGUGAGUUCGAUCGGUCAUACUUGGUAUCAGAUGGAGAAAGGAUCCUCAGGCGAAACACGCAGUACGUCAGGAAGAAGAAGAUGGACUUUCCGGAUGAUAACGAUCAAGGACCAGGCGCGCUGAUUCCAAGUCGUGUGGUCGAAGCAGACUCGGAGUCUCAAGAAAGCAAUGUAGAAGAUGGGACUACUGAGGUAAAUUUGGACACGGCAGCCGAUUUGGUCCCAGACGAAGAGGAGUCAAGUCAGCGCCGUACUACAAGAUCAGGCAGGGUGGUGAAGUUAAACAAAAAACCAGAAUUUGAAUAUUAUUGA